AUGAAGAAGACGCGCAUGUCCAUCGACGACAUCCACGCGAUGGUCGGCAGUAUCCGCGCCAACGUAGUGAACAUGCGCGUGACCAACAUCUACGACGUGCAGGGACAGGGCGACGGCGGUGCAGCCAAGACAUAUAUCCUCAAGCUGCACCAACCCCCGUUCCCCAAGGUAUUUCUACUGCUCGAGUCGGGUGUGCGCUUCCACACCAGCAAGUACGCGCGAGAUGCCAAAGCUGGCAAUGCGUUGCCUAGUCAGUUCACCAUGAAGUUGCGCAAGCACCUGCGAGGCAAGAGGCUGUCGGCACUCACGCAGCUGGAAGGGGAUCGCGUCGUGGACUUCACGUUCGGCCAGGGCGCACUCAAGUGCCACCUCAUCCUGGAGCUCUACGCCUCUGGCAACAUCAUCCUCACGGACGGGGACUACCGCAUUUUGUCACUGCUGCGCACGCAUCGAUUCGAUGAGAACGUCAAGAUGGCAGUCAAGCAGGAGUAUCCCGUCCAGCUGCUGGGCGACCAGGAGAAACAGCGCGGUAUCCAAACCACGGAACAACUCACUGAAUUUGUGAACAGAUGGUUCGAAGAGCAGGAAGCCAAGGCGGCGAUCGCAGUGCCGGGCAAGACGCAAAAGAAGAAGAAAGCGCAGACCAUCAAGCAGUUGUUGUUGGUUAAGGAGUCGACGUUCGGUGGAUUAGGCCCCGUUAUUAUUGAGCACUGUCUGGUACGUGCAGAUAUCUCGCCCACCUUAAAGAUCAAGAAUGCUGCGGAGUUCACGGCACUCGGAGAGGACAAGCUGGCUGCCUUAUUGGCGGCAAUUCAGGAGGGUUGGAAGCUGCUGGAGAGACUGCGGGACGAACAGACCUCGGUCAAUGGCCCAGUCCCCGUCCAAAACGAUGACACUGCUGAAGCCGGAGACAGUGACGAGGAAGAUGCUGCACCUACAACAACCAAAACCUCUUCAACCACAUCGCAGAAGUGCGGCUUCAUCAUCCUGAAGGAUAGCGCGGAUGAAAAUGCCCCGGAGCAGUUCGAGGAGUUUACACCAUUCCUGUAUGCGCAACACCUGCAAGCGCACAAGAAGGUGAAGAGCUUCGAUACGUUUGAUGAGGCUGUUGAUGAGUACUUUUCGCGCUUUGAGGCGGAGACUGCCGAGGUGGCCAAGCAGAGUGCGCAGAUUGCAGCAGAGAACAAACUCGCGAAGCUCAAGAAGAAUCAGCAACAACAGCUCGCUCAACUGCGUGAGGUUCAGGAGCAGAGUUUCCAGCAUGCUCAGCUCAUUGAAGCCAACCAACAGGAUGUGGAGAACGUCCUGCUCGUCAUCCGUAGUGCUCUGGCCAGCGGCAUGGAUUGGCGCGGUCUGGAGGAACUUGUGCGCUAUGAGCAGAAGAACGGGAAUCCCGUUGCAAGCCUGAUUCACCAGCUCGAUCUUGAACACAACCGUGUAGCCAUUUUACUCUGCGAUGACGACGAUGACGACGAAGAUGGGGACGGCGGUGAUGGUACCGGUGAAGAAGACAAGAAGGCUCACGUUAUCUGGAUCGACUUGUCGCUUUCCGCUUUGGCUAAUGCACGAGAAAUCUACACCAAGAAGAAGAAAGCUGGCGAGAAAGUGAAGAAGGCCACCGAGGCGACUGACAAGGCCAUUGCGCUGGCGGAGAAGAACACUAAAAAGACGUUGGAGAAGCAACAAACCAAGCGCAACGUUAUCUACCAGCGACGUAAAACGCACUGGUUCGAGAAGUUCCACUGGUUCCUCUCCAAUGAAAAGUACUUGGUUGUUGCAGGUAAAGACGCGCAUCAGAACGAGCUGCUGGUGAAGAGAUAUCUGCGCAAGGGGGACGUCUACGUCCACGCUGAUCUUCAUGGUGCUGCGACGUGCAUCGUGCGCAACCAUGCAACUGUCAAGGACAAGAAGACGCAGGAACUUCCUCCUAUUCCGGUGGCUACGCUUGAGCAGGCAGGAUGCAUGAGUGUGUGUCGUAGCAACGCUUGGACUAGCCAGGUGAUUGCUGGUGCCUACUGGGUGCAUGCAGACCAGGUCUCGAAAACAGCCCCCGCUGGUGAGUACCUUACCACGGGUAGCUUUAUGAUUCGCGGCAAGAAGAACUACAUCCAGCCUUCGCGACUCGAGAUGGGAUUAGCGAUUCUCUUCCGCAUUGACGAGAGCUGUAUCAGCAACCACGCACGACAAGGUGAAGGAAGAGUGUCCCGAAUUGACGAAGGCCCGGAAGAUGAUGAGGGUGAGGAAAGCGCGUCUCCUGUGGCAGAAGUGCAGCCGGAAAAGCAAACAACAGAGGAGGAGUCUGUGCCUGAUGAGAGUAUGUCAAAGCCGUCAAAGGAAGUGACUGUGGUGCAAGAGAACGAGAGUGAUGCUCAUGAAGAAGAAGAUGAAGUGUCUGCACAACAGACGCAGCGUGAAGGUAGGAAGCGCUUGUCAGCAAAGGAGCGUCGUGAUAUGAAGAAGGGCAAGGCGCCAGCUCGCGAGGAGUCCAUAGAUGAACAACCUCCUGUGCAGCAAAAACGCGGGAAGGGAAAAGACAAGACCCCUACCCAGGCACCGCAGAAGAAGAGUGUCCGUGGUAAGAAGGGCAAGAUGAAGAAGAUGAAGAAGAAAUACGCUGACCAGGAUGAGGAGGACCGUCGGCUACGCAUGGAAGCGCUGGGUCAUGUAGUUGAAGACGAACAGGAGGAUGACGAGCCGACGAAGGAGAACGACUCCACUGAGCACUCUGGAGACGAGGAUGGAGAUAACACCACUGAUGGCAACACUACGACCGAAGUGAGUGAGGAAUACAUUCGACAGCAGCGCGAGAAGAAGGAAAAAUACCUCGAUGAGCAGGAGGAUGAAGCUGAAGGUGCCGACUUCUUCGACGCGUUCACGGGCGAGCCACUGCCGAACGACAUUGUGCUAUUCGCGAUGCCCAUGUGCGCUCCGUACGCAUCACUGACCAAGUUCAAGUACAAGGUGAAGCUGACGCCGGGCAGCCAGAAGAAGGGCAAGGCAGCCAAGCAGGCGAUGGAGCACUUCUUCGCUUCCAAUCUCAAGGACGAGAAGGAUGCAAGCAAGACGAGUGGUCCACACAGGAAUGGUGAAGCGGACGACGAGGUCCAGCCCGACGUAAACCCGAUCGUCGUGCAGCGCGAGCUCAUGCGUUGCAUCCCGGACAACGAACUGGUGAACUGUAUGGUUGGCCCCGUUAAGAUCUCAGCGCCGGGUCUACAUGGCCCUAAUGCAGGCGGCAAAAAAGGUGGAGGCAAGCGUCCGUCCGGCAAGCCCAAGAAGAAAGGCAAGAAGUGA